AGUUACCCGAAAAGCGGCCACAACUCUUCACCGAACUUACACGCUAUGAGCCGGGAGAUAUGUUGCGCGCCAAUUGCAGUACCCCACCAUCGAGGCCACGAGCUGAGCUAAAAUUCACAAUAAAUAAUAUGGUGGUUGGCACUUCGGAAACACAAUACAUUCGCACUAUUGACAAUUUGAUGGCAUCUCGCAUCAGCUUAAAAUUACAACUGCAAGGCAUUCACUUCGUCAGCGGAAAUCCAUCAUUGCAGCAUAGCGGUGGCGGUUACAAUGGCGGCAGCGGCUUUGGAAGCGGUUACGGCAUGAACUCCGUGCAUGGGCAAGCUGCUGGCAGCAAUGGUGGGAGCAAUGUUGGCAGUUUGGUUUUGCGUUGUACAGCACAAAUUGGUGAUUUGUAUCAGGAGUAUAAGGAAAUUGAAUUGGGCACACCACAAAAGGAUCCAGUGCCAGCGAGAGUCACUCUCUCCUCCGGCUCUAGCAUGACCAAUUUUUUCAGCUCCUACUUUUCCUCCUCCUCCAGUCGCAGAUAUACACCACCAACAACAAUUGCAAUGCUACUGAUGGCAAUCGCUACCAUUACAGCUACAACAACAAUGCCGACAACACUAACCGCAACAACAAUGGCAAUGUUAGCUGCUGUUGUUAAAUUAUGCAUUGCAAUAUUUGCAUUCUUUAAUCAAAUGGCGGUGAGUGCGCACAAAUUGAGCGGCAAAUGUGCAGAGCAACAGCACCAACAAAAUAUAAACAGGCAACAGAGGAGGCAAAUACAACAAACACAACAUGAGCAGCAGCAAGCAUUGCAACUAAUACAAAAACAAAAAAUACGGCAGCAAAGUGAAAAUCUAUGUCACGGCGCAUGUAACGAAAGCUGGCAACAUCUGCUGCUGUUGCCCAGUCAAUUGCCGUUGUUGCAAAAUUAUGCGAGGCAACAACAAUGGAUACAUUCUGCUACUUCCUAUCGGUCGGUGAAGGCAACGGUGUUCACUCACAGAUAACUUAAAUCAAAUUAUAUGUGUUAAUUGAAUUAAACAAAACGAAAGUAAACAAAUUAAAUGAAAAAGUAAACUAACAUUUACGUAAGAAGGCGUAGAAGAUGAAGAAUUCGCAGCUUAAUUGAAGUAAAUAAAUAAAUAAAUAAAUAAAUAAAUAAAUAAAUAAAUGAGAAAAACUAGGCUAAUUAAUUAUAUUGUAUUUUUAUAGUAACUUUAAGUGGACGUUAUGUUUUACAUGUAAUUAUAACAAGACAGUGGCGCAGUAAAAAAAAGCGUGCGCAGCCACAACAACAAAUAUUGAUAAUUACAUUUAAUGCGAUUAUAAAUGAGCGCAACAGCUGUAAGCUAUCAAAAUUGAGCAAAGAAGGAAUUUGCAUGGCAAAAGGGGAGUGGUAGAAGGAUAUGCAUACACGCACCAGAAUAUGUUUCCGUACAGUGUUUUUUUUUGUUUUUUUAAUAUUUCCAAUGUUUUUCGUAAAA